UCACAAUGAGUUUCAAAUAUACCAAAGGUUUCCUUAUUAAAGUGUUAGGAGUAGAUUGUUCCUGAGAUCAGUAGUACUUUCUAACAUUGAUAAUAGUGAUUUGCAUCGAGCUGGGAUCUGUUUACUUUUUAUAAUCUUGUGUUGAGCGACUAAUAAUCUGCUUGCAUUUUUUAUUGAAUAACAGUGCGGUGUAAUGGGUGGCAAAGAGCAUGUUAGCCUGGAGGAAGUGGAAGAAUAUAGCAUGGUGGUAAACAAAACUUUUAGCAGCGAGGAGGAUGGCUAUGAGUUUUAUAAUUCAUAUGCAAAAGUGAAAGGGUUUGGUGUUAGAAGGGGCAAGACGAGGAAGAAAGGAGGCAAGGUGAUUUGGAGGAGAUUAUUGUGCUCGUGUGAAGGAUACAGGUCCACUGAACACUUUGAAAAGUCUGUUCAAGUAAGGGAGCCACGGGCGCUCACCCGUUGUGGAUGCGAGGCUAGGCUUGACAUUAAGCUAAAUGAAGAGAGUGGCAUGUGGUUUGUUACGGAUUUUAAGGAUUCACAUUCUCAUGCACUUGCUAAGCCUGGUGAGGCUUUUGUGUUGCGGUCUCACCGGUGCCUAAGUGAAGCACAGAAAGCAGAGGCCAUUGAGCUGGGAAUCGGCGGCCUUCGUACUUGUCAGAUAAUGGAUGUCAUGGAGAAGAACCACGGCGGUUUUGAGAAGACUGGGUUUCUGGCUCGGGACCUGUACAAUUUCUUUGCAAGGAAGAAGAAGAAAAAGGUUGAAGGUAGCGACGCUGACUUUGUUUUGAAUUAUAUGAGGGAGAAGCAAGCAGAAGACUCGGAGUAUUUCUUCAAAUACACCCAGGAUGCUCAAGGGCGGAUGAAAAAUAUAUUUUGGGCGGAUUCGCAAUCUCAGAUUGAUUAUGAUGUCUUUGGCGAUGUUAUGGUCUUUGACAGCACGUACCGCGUGAACCGGUACAACCUUCCUUUUGUUCCCUUCAUUGGAGUUAACCAUCACCGAAGUACGGUUGUAUUUGGAUGCGGUAUCAUUUCGAAUGAGAGUGUGUCAUCGUAUGUGUGGCUGCUUGAUACUUUUUUGGAGGCGAUGAACCAGAAGCAUCCAAAGUCACUGAUCACUGAUGGGGACGCCUCAAUGGCAAGGGCGAUUGAGAUGGUUAUGCCCGGGGCAGAUCACCGUCUGUGCAGUUGGCAUAUAGAGCAGAAUAUGGUGAAGUACCUCAAGGGUGAAAAGCUUUCGGAGUUCAGAAAAUUCAUUUACCAUUCAAUGGAGGUUGCUGAGUUCGAGAGGCGAUGGGUAGAUUUCAAGGAGACCCACAAAAUAACUGAAAAUGACGUAUGGAUAUGGAAGAUGUAUGAACUCAAGAACAAGUGGUCUGCCGCACACACGAAUGGGAGACACUUCCUAGGCAUGCGUAGUAACCAGCGGAGCGAGAGCUUGAACUCUAGGCUUCACAAGCAUCUAGACCGGACUAUGUCGCUUGUUGACCUGGUCGAGCAUUAUGAGUUCUGUUUGUCACGCAUCCGCAGGAAUGAGGCUGAGCUUGAUGCGAAAGCUUCGUUGUCCAUCCCAUUCACUAGGAUAACUGCGGACAUAUAUGAGAAAAGGGCUGCUCGUAUCUACACGCCGACAAUGUUCAGGAAGGUUAGGGUGCAAAUUAGGAAGCUACCUGAAUGGGAGGUUAAAAAGCUAGGUGCCCUUGCCGGAUGA